GGAGUACAGAGAAAACAGAUCCGCAUUCAAGCGACACAAUUCCGUUUCUUUUUUCUUUUCUGAACGCGGUACUCUCAAUUAUUUCUCUACGUUCUUGCCACUACAAUAAAUAUAGAAUUGGAAUUGGACCUACGAAACACCUGCUCUCACACGCGAGACGCCGAGUGGUCUUCACCCAACCACCUUGACCGAUCAAUCACCCCGCGAGUCGAACUAUCUACGAGGGGAGAGAAAGAAAAAAAGACACACCUUUCAAUUCCCAUCAUAUAUAAAAAAUCACCAUGGCAACAGAAACCCCGUCGCGGCCAGCUAGCCUGCGCAAUCCGAUGCCCCUCUCCGCCGCGCAGGAAUCAGAGGUCAAGCAGCUUUACUACAAGCGGGUACGGGGGUUGUGCGCACCAGAGAUUAAGGCUUUCGCGGAAUGUGCCGUCAACCGCACCGUAACAGCAACAUGGAUAUGCCGGACGCAGCGGCUGGCGAUGAAUGCGUGUAUGGUCGCCCACGCGAAGCCCGAGGAGGAAGACCGCGCGCGCGAAGAAUGGUUUGCUACGCAUGAGGAGCGGAAGAGGGUACGACAGGAAGAGCUGGCAAAGGUGGAGGAGCGGAGGGCGGAGGUGAUACGGCUGAUGAGGGAGGAUGAGAAGCGACCGCGGUGAUUGGACUUGAGGAAAAUAAAAAGUCUCCCUUAUAGACCACGACAUAUCGAGGAGAUGGGUGAGAUGGGCAUAUGGUGGUGCAGUGCAGUGCAGU